AUGGCUUUUACAGGUGACCCACAGACACGCUUCAACAAGGAAUACAAAGAUUCGAAAGAACUACCCAAAUACCUACAGGAUAAAAUCAAUAACUCAAGAAAUAAGAAACCAAGUGUGAAAUUAGAAGAUGAAGCAGAAACCGAGGAAGCUAAUGAUGAACUGGUGAUAAGGGAAGAAAAACCAACAAUAGAGUCUGUUGCUAAUGCGUCAAAUGCAAACCAAUUAGUGAUUCAUGAUCCAAGUAUAGAACACAAUGCUUCAAGAGCUUUAGUACAACGACAACAACAACAAUUCUAUGUACCUGAUAAACCUGAAUGGCAUGCUCCUUGGAAAUUAAUGAGAGUGAUCGGUGGUCACAAAGGUUGGGUCCGUACAUUGGCGAUGGAACCUGAAAAUAAAUGGUUUGCCUCAGGUUCAAAUGAUAAUACGAUUAAAGUAUGGGAUCUUGCAUCAGGUCAAUUGAAAAUCACAUUAACUGGUCAUGUUAUGGCAGUGAGAGAUAUUGCAAUCUCAGAUCGUCAUCCUUAUAUGUUUUCAUGUGGUGAAGAUAAAACUGUCAAAUGCUGGGAUUUAGAAAGAAAUAAAGUCAUUAGAGAUUAUUAUGGCCAUUUAUCUGGUGUUUAUUCCCUCGAUGUUCAUCCAACACUUGAUGUUUUAGUUACUGGUAGUAGAGAUUCCACAGUUAGAGUUUGGGAUAUGAGAACAAGUACAGGAAUUUUCACAUUGACUGGGCAUAAACAACCAAUCACAAAUAUUAAAUGUCAAGCUACAGAUCCUCAAAUAGUGAGUACAUCUACAGAUAAAACUAUCAGACUAUGGGAUUUAGCAGCAGGGAAAACACAAACAGUCUUAACUCAUCAUAAGAAGUCUAUUAGAGCUUUAGCAUUACACCCUGAAGAAUAUAGUUUUGCUACAGGGUCACCAGAUGAUAUUAAACAAUGGAAAUUCCCAGAAGGUUCAUUCAUGCAAAAUUUUGUGCCACGUCGUGAAGCUAUUGUCAAUACACUAUCAAUUAAUCAAGACAAUGUUUUAUUUAGUGGUGGUGAUAAUGGUACAUUAGGGUUCUAUGAUUGGAAAUCAGGUCAUAAAUUUCAAGAAUUCCAAACUACCAAAAUGCCUGGCUCUUUAGAUUCAGAAGCUGGUAUAUAUACAAGCACUUUUGAUAAAACAGGUAUGCGUUUGAUCACAGGUGAAGCUGAUAAGAGUAUAAAGAUAUGGAGAGAAGAUCCAGAUGCAACACCUGAAACACAUCCAGGAAUCCCAUUCGAUCCAGAGAAUUAUAGACAGAGAUAUUAA